GGAGCGUCUUCUCUCCCCAGUCCGUCCGUCUGAUCUGCCCGUUCGUCGUCGCCGUCCCGCCCCUUGGCCCGCCGCAACGGCCAGCGUCCCUUUGAGAGCCUCCCCCACCAUUAAACUAUUCCCUCUACUCGCUCCCUCUCCUAUAAGCGCCGCCUGUGGGGAGAGGCCAUGACUUCAGUUUUUUCCUUGGAGGUGGCUCUAGCUCUCCGGCGAAAGGCGGCGCAGAUGGCUUCCGCGGCGGCAGCGGCGGCGGCGGGGAUGGGGUGCUACUCGCAGACGUCCUGGGCGCUGCGACGCCUUGGCGCCGGAGGCGGCGCCCUCGCAUCGGCGGCCACCCGCAGGAGGAACUGCUCCGUCGCGGCCGCCGUCUUUGACAACCAGAACCGCGAGUACGUGAUCGUGGGCGGCGGGAACGCGGCGGGCUACGCGGCCAGGACGUUCGUCGAGCAUGGCAUGGCCGACGGCCGCCUCUGCAUCGUCUCCAAAGAGGCUGUUCCACCAUACGAGCGACCGGCACUGACCAAAGGCUAUCUGUUUCCACCAGAAAAGAAGCCGGCACGCCUACCUGGAUUCCAUACCUGUGUUGGAUCUGGUGGCCAGAGGCAGACUGCUGAAUGGUACAAGGAGAAUGGCAUAGAGGUGCUGUAUGAGGAUCCAGUUGAAGCAUUUGAUGGCAAAACACAGACCUUGAAAACUUCAUCAGGGAAAAUUCUGAAGUAUGGGUCACUUAUCAUUUCUACUGGUUGUGCAGCUGCAAGACUACCUGAGAAAAUUGGAGGAGACUUACCUGGAGUUCACUAUAUACGUGAUGUUGCUGAUGCUGAUUCUCUAGUAUCUUCAUUGGGAAAAGCAAAGAAAAUUGUUGUUAUUGGUGGGGGCUAUAUUGGCAUGGAGGUGGCUGCUGCAGCUUGUGGCUGGAAUCUUGACACAACUAUAAUAUUCCCAGAAGAUCACAUAAUGCCAAGAUUGUUUACGCCUUCCCUUGCUAAGAAGUAUGAGGAACUGUAUGAGCAAAAUGGCGUUAAAUUCGUAAAGGGAGCUCUUAUUGACAAACUUGAUGCUGGCUCUGAUGGAAGGGUGUCUUCAGCUAUACUUAAAGAUGGUUCUGUUGUUGAAGCUGAUACAGUUAUUGUUGGUAUAGGAGCAAAACCAUCUGUCAGCCCCUUCGAAGCUGUGGGAGUUAACAUCGAAGUUGGUGGAAUAGAGGUUGAUUCCAUGUUUAGAACAAGUAUACCUAGCAUCUUUGCUAUUGGAGAUGUGGCAGCUUUUCCGCUCAAGAUGUAUGAUAGAAUAGCUCGAGUGGAGCAUGUGGAUCAUGCCAGAAAGUCUGCACAACAUUGUAUAGAAACACUGUUAACAUCCCAGGCAAAAGCGUAUGACUACCUUCCGUAUUUCUAUUCUCGAGUUUUUGAGUAUGAAGGAAGCUCCAGGAAAAUUUGGUGGCAAUUCUACGGAGAUAACGUUGGUGAAACAAUUGAAGUAGGGAACUUUGAUCCUAAAAUUGCUACCUUCUGGAUCGACUCUGAUAGUCGAUUGAAGGGUGUUUUCCUUGAGAGUGGAACCCCAGAGGAAUUCUCGCUUCUUCCAAAGCUCGCGAGAUCACAGCCCAUUGUCGACAAAGCUAAGCUCAAGAGUGCGACUUCAGUCGAAGAUGCAUUAGAGAUCGCGAGAAGCUCUCUUUAGUCUGGCUCUUUUGUUUAACUAGUUGUCAACACAUAUGGCCUCUUCAGUUUGGGACUGCAGCUUAUUUUGAAAAGUCAGGACUACGAUGACAAUAAUGCGGCCAUAGUAUCCGUUCUAUGCGGGGUUUGUAAUUUUCCUAGAUGCCCCUCAGUCGCCAUUUUCUAGCUUGGCAUAAACUUUGACCACCCUUUUGAGGGGUUGAGGAAGAUAUGAUGGAAUGGGAAUAUUUUCUUUUGCAGGUUUGAACAUUGGGUGGUAUAAACUAUAGGCACAUUAAUAAAACUUAUGAUCAUCCGCCA